UCUCUGUUUUGUCAUAUGAUAUCCCAUUCGCGUCCGCGAAAUCGCUCCAUCUUCAUCCACUCGCCCCCCGCACAUUUCCCCGGGUCGGGGCGGUCAACCCGAUGACGCGGCGCUGCUCGCACUGCAGCAACAACGGCCACAACUCCCGCACCUGCCCCGCCCGCGGCGGCGGGAGCUGCGGCGGUGGCGGGGUGAAGCUCUUUGGGGUGAGGCUGACGGACGGCUCCAACAUCAAGAAGAGCGCGAGCACCAGCAACCUUGCGUCGCACCUCCUCUCCUCUCCUUCGUCGCCGUCGUCGUUCGAUCACCACCUGCAUCGGGACCCGGACGGUUACUUGUCCGACGAUCCUGCGCAGGGCACCUGCGCCUCCAAUCGCCGUGGAGAGAGGAAGAAAGGUGUCCCUUGGACAGAGGAGGAACACCGGCUUUUUUUGAUUGGUCUGCAGAAACUAGGCAAAGGAGACUGGCGUGGGAUAGCGCGCAAUUAUGUUACGUCGAGAACUCCUACUCAAGUGGCUAGCCAUGCCCAGAAGUACUUCAUUCGGCAGACUACUGCUAGUCGUAGAAAGAGGCGCUCCAGCCUUUUUGACAUGGCUCCAGAUAUGGCUGCUGAUCAUCCAGAUUCAAUGCCUUCACUGGAUCUCUCACUUGCCUCAGAAUCUAAGCCAAUGGAAACCUCUUCUCAUGAAACAGUGAAAGGUGUUGCCAAAACUGCAAUGGCAUCUGAUCUGUUUCCGUUUACCAUUCCUGGAUAUUUCCCAACUCAUUACGAACAAGUACCUCUUUCAAUGUGGCCAUCGAACAUAAGCUCUGAGGAAAAUAAGACUGCAGAGAUAUGUCGUCAUCAGGUCCUGAAGCCAAUUCCCUUGCUUCCUAAGGAGCCCGUCAAUGUAGAUGAACUGGUUGGUUUGUCACAGUUAACUCUUUUAGAGACUGAGAAUGGCUCCAAGGAUUAUCCAGCUCUCUCUUUGAAUUUGCUUGGUGAGCCCUUGCGCCAAUCAGCUUUUCAUGCUAACGCUCCUGUUGCUUCGCCAGAUUUAAGCAAGAGCAAGAACAAUCCAAUCCAAGCAGUUUGAUUUUCAGAAAGGGCAAGGUACCCAGGCGUUUAAGGGGCAGAACUGUGUCAUCUUUUCCCUUCUUGAAACAUCUUCGUUUCCUUAAUAUUAUGCUUUAUGGUCUUUAGAGCCCCAGUUAGAUAAGCCUAGAUAGAUAGUAAUUCAUAUUUAUUCUAUUCAUCUGUAAUCUUGUAUGCUCUUAUUUUGACUGAUUUACGUCCAUACUCUUAUUUGGAUCCAUCAUGUAUGUGCUCGUUAA